AUGGUGCUGAUGCCGCAGUCGCGGCUCGACGGCCUCGGCGAUGCCGUCGAGCUCGCCGACCUGCUGGUCGAGACAGCGCAGACCAUGCGACAGUCGCUCAGGGACGUCAGGCUGGGUGGGCCCGCCGGAGUAGCCGCCGCUUCAGAGGCGUGCAUCGCGGCCAGCGCGUUGGCGAAGCUGUCCAAGACGGCGAACGAGGUGAUGCGAGCGCACAGGGAGAGGUGGCACACGACCGGCCAGGGACCGGCGGUCGGUGCGGGAACGCUGGAGGCCUCCAAGGGCACCGCGCGGAGGCCAAACUCCGCGCGUGCCGUACCGACUCGGUCGUCCAGGCCGCGUUCCGCCGUGCCCGUCGUGCCCUCUCGGCCCAAGACGUCGCGCGCUGCCCCUGCGCCGGCGUCUCCCGUCACGGUCCGCGGGGAGAGCGCGGCGAUGGGCGGACCCCUCGGGUCACUGGCAUCACCGAUAGCGCCCGCGAUGGUCGCCAAGGUGGCCGAGACCCUCGUGGUCGGGAGCCCAUCCCCGGGCCGAGGCAUCUCGGCCAAAGCCGUCGGAGCCAAGUCGCCCGCGCGGCCGGGCACCGCGGGUACCCUCCAGUCUCCGACCCGAUCCCCCGCGAAGGCUCCGACCCGAUCCCCAACGAAGGCUCGGAGUAGCGCCGGUGAGCUCCAAGACGCUCCAAGUAACGCUCCAAGUAACGCUUCGAGACGCUCCAAGUCGCUCAGCCGCGUUCUCUCCCGCGACAACACGCCGUGCACCGAGACUCUCAUGGUCCGACGCGCGGGCGGCAGCGUCGCGAACGUCAAGCCCGUUCCCGUGACGCACCGCCGCACGGUCGGCGCACCCGCGGUCAAGGCGGCCGAGGAGGUGAGCGAGCUGCUCGGUGCGGUGGGACGCAAGCUCGGCGUCGGGGUGCCCAUCGUCGCCCUCGUCGACGUGGAGACUGACGAGGAGCUCACGUUUGAGCGGUACAUGAACCCGAGCGACGGUCGAGUGUUCCCGCCGGGCAAGGCGUUCAUCGCGCUGACCCAGGAGGAGGUGGCCGCGCGACGCAAGGGAGUCCCCACGUCCCCGCUCAAGGCCAAGCCCAAGCCCAAGAAGAAGCCGAAGGGGCGACAGGCUGCGCAGGUUGAGCCGCUGGUUGAGCGGCUGUCCAAACCGAACAAGGCGGCUGUUUCCUUCCAGGUGACCCGCGCCGGCGCCAAGGAUGGAUCGUCCUCCGUGCCCGUCACCGUGCCCGUCACCGUCGAUACCAUCGGAGAGGUACUUCGUAGGGUGAGCACCGCGCUGGAGGUCAGGGCAGUCGCGUUCACGCCGUGCCUGGCGCUCUACCACCAGUCCGACCCGGUGACCCUCAAGGCGACCGAGGUGGCGACACCCCUGGAGCUCGUCAACGGAGGCUCCUACCUCUUCCGAUGCGCGGGAGACCUCGCGCCGGGUAUGGUGAACAACACCGCGGCGCUCAAACAAAAGGAACUGCUCCGCCAGAUCGCAAAACCCAAGGCGGAGAAGGUGGACUCCUUCAUCGUCGGAGUGGCGCACCUCGCCGAUCCGUACGGCCAGGCUGUGGCCAUGCGGUUGCCCGGCGCCAAGGCUCUGCAGCACCUCACCUUCGACGAUCUCUGCCGCAGGGUUCGCAUCGCGGUGGGGUUGUCGGUAGAAACCCCCGUCAGGGGCCUGUUCCGCGCCGACGGGACGAGGCUGGGGUCCCCCGCGGAACUGGAGCGGGGCAUGCGUUUGCUCUACACGGUGGAGCCGGCGUCGGAGGCUGGCGACGCACUCGCCGCGGCUGCGGCGUACCUUCCCGCGGCGGCGACGGCGUUCGCGGAGAGGCGGGAGAUCGAGAUCGAUCACGAAGAAGAAGAAGCCGAGUAUUACGCGUACGCGGGGGGCGAGGGGUUGGAUUACGAGGAGGAGGAGGAGGAUGUCCACGAGGAGGAUGCCGACGACGAGGAGGAUUUCCCCGUGCCGACCCCGACGCAGCCGAGUCCGGUGAAGCCGGCGAGCCCGUCGAAGCUGGCGAGUCCGGUGAAGCCGGCGAGUCCGGUGAAGCCGGCGAGCCCGUCGAAGCCGGCGAGCCCGUCGAAGCCGGCGAGCCCGAUGACAGCUGCCAGCCCGCUCAAACCGCCACCGUCCCAUUUGAACUCCCCGCCGCGACCGACCACGUCGAGGGGAUCUCCGGGGAGGGGACUUUCGUCGCCGGUGGAGUCCCCGAUGGCAUCACCAGGGGUCUUCUCGCCGGGUAAGCUCGCAUCCAACAGCGUGCUGUCGGCGUCGUCACCGAAGAUCCGUCCGGCGUCACCCAAGGCUGGUGAUAACCCCUCACCCAAGGCGUCGCCGCUUCAGCCGGUGGUGGAUGACGACUCCUCUGAUGAUGAGCCGCCCAUCAUGAUAUCGCCGGGCAGGCUCCGGCCAUUACCCAAGGACCACCCGGCUAGAGGCCCUUACCGUACCACCGGAUAG